CCUCCUACCCCCAACCUCCCAACUAAAGAAUUGAUGGAAUCAUUUUAACAAACCACUUUUUCCUUUGAGUAACCCCCAAGCUCUUCUUCAGCCCUCCUUUUCUUUUCAACUUUAAACUAAAACCAUAUAUACAAACACCUAAAAAAAUAUACUUUUACAUGGAAAAACAACACAAAACCAAAGCAAUCUAUCAUCUUUUUGGCACCACCAUCUUCAUCUCCCUUGCCAUUGCUUCUUUUGCUUUUUGCGUCAUAUGUGAGCUCAAGAAAUCAAAGAAGAAGGAGCUACGAAUCGAUGGCGAGCUUUGCUAUUUGCCACAAAGCCAGGCUUUUGGUUAUGGGAUUGCAGCUUUGAUGUGUUCUUCCAUUGCCCAAAUUGCAGGGACCGGACUCUUUAUAUAUUGUAGACGAUCAACCGAUUUCAAGUCUUCAAAGACUUCCUUGGCAAGUAUUCUUUUGCUUCUUUCUUGGGCCAGUUUUUUUAUUAUGAUAAUAUUAACUGGAACUGCAACAAGCAUGAACCGGAGGCAGGCGGUCGGGGAAGGGUGGGUGGACGGCGUGUGUUACCUUGUGAAGAACGGUGUAUAUAUUGGCUCGGGCGCACUUGUCCUUAUCGCCAUGAGUUCGACACUCAUGUCGUGUUACGUGAUGAUCAAUAAAAGCCGAGCCGUGCACGCGCAAGUGAAAUGAGAGAGAACUUAUCCUGAAAUUUGGGGAUAUGAGUUAUAGAAUUGAGUUCAUAGAUGAAGCAUUACUGUGAUUAUAUUUUUUGAUGCAUCUUUGAACAAUAAAUGGUUUCAAAUCACCAUAUAAUCCCGUUGGAAUAAAAAUGUUAUGGAUUAAUUUUUCAUUUUC